UUUCCUAACUGAAAUAAUUCUUUUUCUUUGUGAGCACGUCAGCCACGCAGAUAAAUCACUUAUUAUUUAGCCAAAGUGGAAUGCAUAGGACAGUCUAAGAAUUAAUUAUUUGUUGUCCCCAGAGACUGUGGUCCUUGAGGUAAGGAGCGAGGAUGCUGGAAAGUCCUUGAGAAUAAGAUACAGUACAGACCUUUGUUUGGUGGCAGGUUGAGAUAAACGCAAGCCAUGAGUUGUGAUGUUUAGUCUUCUGGUAGAAGGGCAUGACGAAUGUUUUUCUGUAAGUCCUUACCGUUCUCUUUUCUCCUCUGGAGGUAGGUGAUAUUAUUGCUGAACCCUCAGUGAAACUCGGAAACGCAGAGACCACACAUCAGAACAGAUGGAUAAUGGAGACUGGGCCUAUAUGAUGACUGAUCCAGUCACAUUAAAUGUCGGGGGCCACUUGUACACGACCUCCCUCACCACUCUGACGAGGUAUCCUGACUCCAUGCUGGGAGCCAUGUUUGGGGGAGACUUCCCCACAGCCAGAGACUCUCAGGGCAACUACUUCAUUGAUCGGGAUGGACCCCUUUUCCGAUAUGUUCUUAACUUCUUAAGGACUUCAGAGCUGACUUUGCCUCUGGACUUUAAGGAGUUUGAUCUGCUUCGGAAAGAAGCUGACUUCUACCAGAUCGAGCCCUUGAUUCAAUGUCUCAACGAUCCGAAGCCUUUGUAUCCCAUGGAUACUUUUGAAGAGGUCGUCGAGCUGUCCAGCACUCGGAAGCUCUCCAAGUAUUCCAACCCCGUGGCGGUGAUCAUCACACAGCUGACCAUCACCACCAAGGUCCACCCUCUGCUGGAGGGCAUCUCCAACUACUUCACCAAGUGGAAUAAGCACAUGAUGGAUACCAGAGACUGCCAAGUGUCCUUCACUUUUGGUCCCUGCGAUUACCACCAAGAAGUCUCUCUGCGCGUCCAUCUCAUGGAGUAUAUUACAAAGCAAGGCUUUACGAUCCGCAACACACGGGUGCAUCAUAUGAGCGAGCGGGCCAACGAAAACACAGUGGAGCAUAACUGGACUUUCUGUCGCUUAGCCCGCAAGACAGAUGACUGACCCAUGACCCCAGGGGAAACUGGUGGAUGCUGGCUCACAGAUGAAAGGUUAAAAAAAAAAAACACCCCUGUGGGCUUAAAAAAAAAAUCUGUAUUUAUUUAAAGGAUGUGAGGACUGGAAAAGAAAUUUGUGCUUAUCAAAACUUCUCUCCUCUCCCCUCCUCCCCUUUUGUCCCAUUCACACCAAGUAUGCAUGUGCCUGUUCAAAUUCUCAAGAUACCAUUUUUAUAAAAAGAAUUCUAAAAAUCAUUAUGGUCUGUAAUCUACCUGUUAACAGAACUUUUUCUAUUACAGUGCUAAAAUUAUUACUGUUUAAAUGGUUCCUAAUGCAACUACAAGGCUAAAAACACUGGAAAUGGAAGAAUCUGCAGGGUACUUGUUAUGCCUUUGAGAAAAUCAAAACUUGAUGAGGGACCUAGUUUCCAGGCCAAUAAACAAUGUUGGGAUAUGAAAGGAAGCCCUGCUCCAAUCGGUUUAAAGUACUUGUUAAGUCCUGCUUUUUCUAGCUAGGACGACGUUUCUUUCUAUGCAUAUAAAUCAAGCAACCAAAUAUCUGUAGCCAUGGAAAUGUUGGACUAGAAAUGUUUAUAUUGGAUUUUGAACACAAAAUGUCCCCAUGGUAGAAGUCUUACUUUUUAUGCCUGGUGCAAUAUUAUUCCCAAGUGUACUGCCUGCCCAAAAGAAGCUAAUAAAAAAAAAUGAAAUAUGGAAA